AUAUCCUCUCCAGUGAGCUGUCAAACAACAUGUCCAACCUCGCACGUGCCACUGGAGAUGUCGCAGACGCUCUGGGCACUGAAGUGCAACACGCCAUAGACCCACUCAUCGGCCGAACCGUGGGGUUCAUCAACAACAUAGCCGAUGUGAUGGAGGGCAUGAUCGACGCGAGUGGUGUGGACAAACGGUCCCACACCUCCGAUACAGGUGCAGGUGCAGGUUCAGGGGCUGGGAGGUACGAAUUGCCGGCGAUGGUAGGUGCAGGCGCCGGUGCAGAUGAUAUGGAGGUGCAUGUGGCCCUGGACCUGGAUACGCACACGGACUCACUCCACGUGCCUCUGGGGCCAGCGGCACACCACAGCGACCACAGCCACGCACAGGGCGAAGGGGACGGGUCGCCUCUGCACGACCAGAAGUCGUACUGCAGCCAACUGUCCAACACGUCCUGGGCCUUCCCAGGGUUUGAGGACUUCGCGCUGUACUGCCGACGCGUCACGGCACGCCAGGGGGCGCUGUUUCCCACGCCCCUCACACGCACGGGUAAGGACAUGCCGCUGGAGUUUGCUCAGAUCUUGGCCGCGGUUUUCGACUGUCGGCCGGAUCCAUUUACCUACAUAUACGCACAGCAUGUCACGACGAAGAGCCGGAAACACGCGGCCGACAGUAGCCAUGGCAACCGUGAGAACGCACUCAACGAUAGUACCGAACUUUCCCAACCCCAUAAGAAUCCCCCCACACCCGAACAGCUGGAUCUCCGCGAGCGGCAGGAGGCACACCACCACCACGUGCUUAACAAUGCGCAGGCUCUGGUCAAGGAGCAGUUCCAGCACACGUGCGCUGUGGCUGUGUUUGAGAUGCAUGGGCGAGCAAGCGACACGGCCGAAGAGAAUACGGAGGAACACGUGGCACUGGUAACCCA